GAUUACACAGAGUUUUGCGUGCUUCUCGUUAGGUCGGCCCCCGAGCGAUACGAAGCAAUUACCUGCCUACAGAUCGAUCACGUUCUCGCCCCCCGCCUUCCCCUGUCGACCUGUUCGCGUGCGCGCCUCUGCUUCUCAUCCGCUUCUUUUUAUUGGCAUUGGUCUCUGUGCUGCUGUGUCGCGAUCACCCAUUUUCUCUCGCUCUCGCGCCUGACGUCGCCUGGGUUUUGUUGUCGCUAACGAAGAGCCCUUGCACACCAUGGCUGUGCGCGGUGGGGAGGAUGUUUAUGCUACACUUCUUUUAACAGAUUCAUAUCUGCCCGGCGCCCUGGUGCUCGCUCAUUCUCUACGCGAUGCUGGUACCACCAAGAAGCUGGCCGUCCUGGUCACGCUUGAUACCGUAUCGGCCGAGGUCGUAACACAGCUCAAGGCCGUGUACGACUAUAUUAUCCCAGUUGGCCGCAUCCAGAACCAACAACCAGCCAAUCUUUACCUUAUGGACCGGCCAGACCUACAUUCGGCAUUUACCAAGAUCACCCUCUGGAAACAGGCCCAAUUCCGCAAGAUUGUCUAUAUAGACUCUGAUAUUGUAGCUUAUAGAGCCCCUGACGAGCUCUUCGAUCUGCCCAAUGCUUUCUCUGCAGCUCCGGAUAUCGGUUGGCCAGACCUCUUCAACACUGGCGUAAUGGUCCUGACGCCAAACAUGGGCGACUACUAUGCGCUGAUGGCAAUGGCUGAGAGGGGCAUAUCGUUCGAUGGGGCCGACCAAGGUCUCCUGAACUUGCAUUUCGGCAACAGCUACAACCGCCUAAGCUUCUCCUAUAACGUGACCCCAUCGGCCCAUUACCAGUACAUUCCGGCAUAUCGACAUUUCCAAUCUACCAUCAGCAUGGUUCACUUCAUUGGCCCGGACAAGCCAUGGACACAAGGAAGGGAUGCUCACACCGGAGGCAGUCCGUUUGACGGAAUGGUUGGAAGGUGGUGGGCUGUUUACGACAGGCAUUACCGGAGAGAGCCUCCAACGUCAACGACGCAGACAACCACAACCCAGGCAACACAGCCGCCACCUGAGCUUGUCCAGUACUUCGUCAAGGGAGAGUACCAGCCGCAGGUUUCCUACGUUCUCCCCGUGGGUGAGCCCUCUCGUGAACAAACAGUGCCCUCCCACGGUUACCAGGAGCUUCGCCAGCACGAGGCGACACCUCAGCAUCACGCACCUGGUCAUCACCAUCAUGAGCAACCUCGGCUUGGAAGUUCCGGCCAACAAUUUGAGGAGCAGCGUUCCCUUCCCAGCGAAUUUUCUCAAUCUUCAGCGGGGCUACAACCUGAGGCUCGGAAAGAUCAGGUAUCGGGACACCAGGAAGGGGCUCCUCAUCCCCCUCAAUCCCAUGUUCCCCACCACCAGCCCCAGCCGGUACAGAGCUGGGACGCCCAAAGACACCCUCCUCCGCAAGAUUCAAAACCAGAAGCCUUUAACUUUCCGCAGACUCACUAUGAGAUGUCUUCCGAUCCUGCUCCGUUCGUCCCUCCCGAACGCUACCCAAGCCCGCCGAGAGAUAUGUGGUACGAUGUACCAAAAGAGCCGCCAGCACCGACAAGUCAGAAGCCUCGGGCCAUCUUCCCUUGGGAAACUCACCAGCCUCGAGCAUCAAGGGUGUUCCCUAAAGACCUUACCCCACCUGAGCCCAUGACAACAGAGCAGCCGACUACCGAGCUGCCGGAAUCAUCAUCGGCGGGACCGGCGAGCGCGUCGGAAGGCGCGCCGGAACACGCGACCACGACGACCUUAGCUGUCGCCCCUUCGAACCCGUGGUCCUCUUUCCCGCGGACCAACGCAUGGGACGAGUUGCCAGAGAUCGAACGGUACGUCGGUGCGCUAGAGAAGCACCGGCGAACACGGAGUCGGGGUCUGAGAGUCGGUGGCUUCACUCCACCCAAUUUCGUCCAAGAGGAGGGGCAGAGGCGAGGCUCGAGAGUGACCGACUUCCCAAGCGAGGCUGACCGGCCCAGCCUCCCCGUCACGCCGGCGCCCAUCCGACGGCCAAGGCUCUGGGGGGCCGGCGCGGACCCCAACACCGGUCAGCCGGGCGACGAUGACGAGGAAGAGUUCCUGCCGGCGGCAGCAGGCGUGCCUGCGCAGACCGACUGGGACCCCAUGGCGCAGCUCCAGAAGCUGGCCCAGGAGCAGUCAGAGCUGCUUCAACGGAAGUUGGGUGUCGGAUCUGGUAGUACCACUACGGAUGACGGCGACUCCAGCGUGCCUGGGACGGAAAGCAGGGAGAUACCCGCCCGCCCACUGCCCUUUGGGUCGGAGGGUGUGAGGUCUCCUACAUAUGCUGCCCAGUCCUCCACCGUCCUCAGCCCGCAGCCCGUGAAGCCCGGCUCGCAAACGAGCUCGGUGCGCAAUAUGCUGCCGGGCGAACCGGAGGCUAUCCCGCGAGAGGUUUCCCAGGCCUCCAUGAGUAUGGUGGCCGAGCCGAGCUACCGUGGUCCCGGUGCGGCUUUCGAGAAGGGCGAAGAUAUGCCGACUUCCGAGACUCCGGCUGGACCCACCGAGGAGGAACGGGACGUGCUUGAUACCUGACCGGCUGCGAGGGCAGAGAGUGUACUCUACUCGGAAGUGCUCUAUCCAUUCCC